AUGGUAUUCGAGUCUUUGGUUAGUGACCUCCUGAACAGGUUCGUGGGAGAUUACGUGGAGAACCUGGACAGUUCUCAGCUCCGAAUCGGAAUCUGGGGAGGAAACGUUGUCUUGGAGAACCUGCAAGUGAAGGAAAAUGCACUGAGUCAAUUGGACAUCCCGGUCAAGGUGAAGGCCGGCCUGAUCGGCACGCUGACCUUGAAGAUCCCGUGGAAGAACCUGUACAAGGAGGCGGUGGUGGCCACGCUGGAUGGCCUCUACCUGCUGCUCGUACCCGCCGCGGCCGCCGAGUACGACGAGGCAAAAGAGGAGCGCUACCGGCAGGAGGCCAAACGGCGCGACCUGAUGCGCGUGGAGCAGGCGCUGCAGACGGCGGCCGGACCUGACAAAGCUCAAGAGGAGAAGAAGGACUCGUUGAUGGAGAAGCUGGCCACGCAGGUCAUCAAGAACCUGCAGGUGAAGAUUAGCGGCAUACACCUGAGAUACGAGGACGACGUGUCGGACCCGCGGCGCCCCCUGUCCCUGGGAGUCACGCUGGCAGAACUCAGCCUGCAGACCGCCGACGAAAACUGGAAGUUAUGCGUCCUGGACGAAGCGGCAAAGAUCAUCUACAAGCUGGGCCGACUGGAGCGCCUGUGCGCCUACUGGAACGUCGAGGGUCCCGUCUUCCGCCGAGGAUCCCGCCGAGACGUCGUGGAUCGGCUCAAAUCCGGAAUCGGCGGGGUGGACCGGGAAUUACCUCUCUACGACUACGUUUUCAAGCCCAUCUUCGCCUCGGCCAAAAUCCGCAUCGACCCCGACGCCGAGAAGAAACCGGACUCUCCCAAAGCUCGGCUGGAUCUGGAGGUCCAGAACGUGGACUUCCAGAUCACUAAAGCCCAGUACGUCAGCGUGGUGGAGACGCUGGAGUCGGCGGAGCGCGUGGCCAGGAACGCCCCCUACAGGAAGUUCCGGCCCCGGGUGCCGGUGCGCGACAACGCCUCCGUUUGGUGGCGCUACGCCAUUAGCGGCAUCCUAGAAGUCCACGUGCGCCGGGCCGGCCGGAUGUGGUCCUGGUCCAACAUUAGACAGCACCGGCGGGACGUCAAGGUGUACAAGACGGCCUACAAGAGCAAAAUCCUGAACCGGAACAAGUCGAGCCCGGACGCCGAGCGCCGGCUUCAGGACUUGGAGAACGUUUUGGACGUCUUCAAUAUCACCCUGGCUCGGCAGCAGGCCCAGAUGGAGGCGGUCCGCCCGGGGCAAAAGCCGGCGGCCGAGAAGGCCGACAAGCGGGGAGGAUUCUUCGCCGGCCUCUUCGGUCGCAAGCCCAAGAAGGAGGAGGAGCGAGAGAAGCGAGAGGAAGACGGCGAGGAGGCCGAGGGCUCGGCUCUGGACGCCGUGCUGACGGCCGAGGAGAAGGAGAAGCUCUACGCCGCCAUCGGAUACAGCGCCGGAGACGGCGUUUCGGCCGCGCCCAAAGAGUACGUGGCGUUGGCGCUGGCCUUCCGGCUGCGCGGGGCAUCGCUGACGGUCCGAGAGGGGCCCGGCGUUCCCGAGAUCCUCCGGGUCCAGGUGAUCGGGCUCGGCAGCGCCCUCUGCCACAGACCGGGAGCCCGAGCCCUCAGGGCGGAGGUAUCGCUGCAGCGCUGGAACGUGACGGGCCUGGAACAGAACGGGCGCGUUCCCUCGCUCAUCUCGUCGGCGGAAGACUCCGACCGGGACCCGGACGCGUCUCUGCUGCGCGCGGUCUUUGAGCUCAACCCCGACGACAGCCCGGCCGAUCACGUCGUCCGGAUCCACUCGCAACCCGUGCAGAUCAUCUACGACGCCAUGACGGUCAACAGCUUGGCCGAGUUCUUCGAGACGGGUCAGGAGGUGGACCUGGAAGCGCUGACCUCGGCCACGCUUUCCAAACUGGAGGAGAUCAAAGAGAAGACGGCCGCAGGUUUAGCUCACGUCAUUCAGACCCGCAAGGUUUUGGACUUGAAGGUGGACCUGCGCCCGUCCUACCUGCUGCUGCCCAAAUCCGGCUUCUACUCGGAAAACUCGGAGGUGGUCGUGAUCGACUUUGGAAACCUGCAGUUUAACAGCGCGGACGAGAACCUGCGCUCGCCCUCCUCGUCCUUCUCGUCCCUGGAAGAGAUCAUGGAGCGGGCCUACGAGCGAUACCGCGCCGAGCUGACGCGAGUUCAAGUUCUCUACAGCCAGUCGGGUGACGAGUGGAAGUCUUCCCGUCGGCUGAAUUCGUCGCGGCAGCACGUCCUGCGCCCUCUCGACCUAAAGCUUCGCCUGUCCAAGUGCGUGGUGGACAACGACGCCAGGAUGCCCAGGUUUAAGGUGUCGGGCGAGCUGCCCCUGGUGCACGUCAAGGUGUCGGACGAGAAGAUCCAAAAAGUUCUGGAGCUGGUCCGCGGCAUCCCGCUGCCCCGCGGACGCUCCGCACCUAAGGCGCCCGGAGACAAGGCACCGACCCGGGCGGAGUACGGAGCGCCGGCGCUCGCCAUCGGACCCGCGCCGCUCGGCACGGCGGAGACUGAUUCGGACAGCGACGACGAGCCGCGGCGCUCGGCUCCGGAGGAGCUCACCGACCUGCGCUUCGACUUUGAAGUCAAAGAGGUGCUGCUGGAGCUGACGCGGCGAGGCGACGGGGAGGGGACCGCGGCGCUGGCGCUGGGCGUUUGCCAGCUGGGGGCCCGGGGCCAGAUGAGGACCUUUGACACCGGCGUCACGGCGUACCUGCGGAAGAUCACGCUGGACUACUACCGUGUACCGGGCGGCGAUCCCCUUCGCCUCAUCAGCUGCUCGGAGGAGCGAAACGCCGACCUUCUCAAGGUGGACUACGUCAGGGCCGACGCGGACGGGCCCGGCUUCCGGACGCUCUUUGACGGCACGGAGCAAAAGCUGGAGGUGGCCUUUUCGUCCCUGGACUUUCAUCUGGACGCCAAGGCUUUGCUGUCCGCCGCGGAAUUCCUGUUCGGCGCCGUCCCGCCGCAUCUUCGCUCUGGACGCGACCCGGACGGCGAGAAGCGGGCGGACGAAGGGCGGGACGGGACGGCGCCCAAAGGCGUCGGAGACCCGGACGUGAUCAGGUGGAAGUUGUCGGCGGCGCUGGGAUGUUUCCACGCCGAGCUUUGCGACGACCGCCGCAGCGUCGCCGACAUCCGAGUGCAAGGCUUGGAGGCGUCGGCGCUGGUCCGAGCCGAGCGGACGGAGGUGUCCGCUCGCCUCCGAGACGUCGCCGUGCUCGACGUCGACCCUCGCUGCGUUCACAAAAAGGUGGUGUCCAUUAUGGGUGAGGAGGUCUUCAGCUUGGAGCUGUCUUUGUUUCCGGGGUCCACCCUGGGGGACAACUACGGGGACAUGUCCAAGGUGGACGGCAAGGUCACCCUGCGCCUGGGCUGCAUCAAGAUGGUCUACCUGCACAAGUUCCUCACGUCGCUGCUGAUGUUCGUGGACAACUUCCAUCCCGCCAAAGAAGCGGUGAGCGCGGCCACGGCUCAGGCGGCGGAGAAGGCGGCGUCCGAGGUGCGCCGCUUGGCCCGCAAGAGUUUCCGCCUGUCCACGGACAUCCGGCUGAAGGCGCCUCUGGUGGUGGUGCCGCGCUCUUCCGCCUCCCGUGACGCCAUACUGGUGGACCUGGGCCUCAUCACCGUGUCCAACGGCUUCUCCGUGGUUCCGUCCCGAGGAUUCUCGCUGCCCGCCGUGGUUGAAGAGAUGGACGUUCGGCUCACGCAACUCAAACUCUCCAGAGCCACAUCUUGCGCUUCGUACAUUGAGAUUCUGGAGCCUGUGAAUGUCGAGCUGGCGGUGACCAGAAACAUGGCCUCUUCCUGGUUCACCGAAAUCCCGGGGACUCGCAUGCGAGGCGUCCUGCCCUCUCUUAAGUUGAGCGUGGGGGAGCAGGACCUGCUUGUGUUGAUGAAGAUUCUGCAGGAGAAUAUCGGCGAGGGAAGUAAGGAGCGCCGCGACGGAGAGGACGGCAAGAGGGCCGAAGGUGACCGGGAUGAGCGGCGGGCGGCGGCGGCAUCGUCGUCACCGUCGAGGCGAGGUAGCGGCGGCGCGGCGGAGGCCGUCGCUAACGGCGCCGAUAACACCGUCAACGUCUCGAUGAACUUUGAAAUCAGUGAGGUUCUGCUGACCUUGAAGAAGAAAGCAGACGGCGAGGUGGAAUCUCCUUUCCUGGAGUUCCACCUGGCUCAUCUGGGAAUGGACACCAAAGUCAGGAAGUACGACACCUGUGCCACCAUGUACAUCAACAAGAUGAUGCUCUCUUAUCUGGAGUUCAAAGACCCCGGCGGUGAACCUCUGCGUCUCGUCAGCUCAUCGUCCGGCGACGAGCUGCUCAAAGUCCAGUACUUCAAGGCUGACCGCUUUGGUCCAAACUUCUCCAGCGUGUACAAGAACACGGAACAGAUGAUCAACGUGAACUUUGCCUCCCUGGACCUCGUGCUGCACACGCAGGCUCUCCUGUCCGCCGUCCGCUUCUUCUCGGGGGUUCUGGCUUCGGGCGGCGGCGCGACCUCUGCCGAGAAACCGAUCGGGUCCGAGGCUCGAGACGGCAAAGCCGCGGCCGGUGAGUCCGCCGACGGCUCCGCGGGGCCCGCCGUCGGCGAGAUAAUCGGCCUAAAGGCGAUGGUGGCUCUGGGGGCCUUCAACGUCCUGGUGUGUGACCAAAGAAGCAAUAUUGUGGACAUUAAAAUCCAAGGUCUUCACGGCUCCCUGUUGGCGCAAGGACCUCAAACUCACAUAUCGGCCCGCCUGAAGGACUUUGCGGUUCUGGACGCGGAUCCCGCGAGCCUCCACCAGAAGGCCGUCUCCAUCGUGGGGGACGAGGUGUUCAGUUUCUCCGUGAGCCUAACACCCAACGCCACGGAAGGCGCCGGGUACGCCGAUACGUCCGAAUCGGACGGACGGCUCAAGCUGAACGUCGGCUGCGUCCGGGUGGUCUACUUGCACAAGCUGGUCACGGCUCUCCUGAACUUCACCGAUAACUUCCAGACGGCCAAAGCGGCGGUGAGCGCCGCCACGGCUCAGGCGGCGGAGAGGGCGGCGUCCAGCGUUCGGGACUUUGCCCAGAAAUGCUUCCGUCUCUCCACGGAAGUCAAGCUGAAGGCGCCUCUGGUCGUCGUCCCGCGCUCGUCGACGUCCUACGACGCCCUGGUGGCGGACCUGGGUCUGAUCACCGUGUCCAACGCCUUCUCCUUGCUGCCCGUCGACGGACGUCCUCUCCCGGCCGUGGUCGACAACAUGGACGUACGACUGACUCAGCUCAAAGUGUCUAGGACGUGUUUGGACCCGACCGGGUGCGGACCCUCCAGCGAGCUUCUAGAACCGGUCAACCUGAACCUGAGGAUCAACAGGAACUUGUCCGCCUCCUGGUACGACAAGAUGGCAGCCGUGGAGUUGGACGGAGACCUAAAGCCAAUGAAGGUGGCGCUGAGCCGGGAAGAUCUGAAGGUGCUGCUGAAGAUCCUCACUGAGAACCUGGCCGAAGCCGGGGGCCCGGCGCCGGCCGGCGAGCCCGAGCCGGCGACCGCUUUACAGCUUCCGGUAACCGCCGGCCCUCAGACAGGCGGAGCCGGGAAGCGGGUCGUCCCGGAUAAAGACGAGGAUGAAAGCCCGGAGUCCGUCAAGUUCAACUUCACUAUCGAGUCUCUGGGAUUGGUUCUCUACCAAGAUGAGCCCACGAAGUCCUUCGAGCAAAGAAAGCACCGUCUUGGCGAGUUCGCCCUUCACCUGCUGAAGGCCUCCGGGAAGAUCUUUAACAACGGCGGCGCCGAGUUCAACGCCGUCCUGACCGAUUGCACUUUGGACGACCAGAGGACGGGCGUGGACAGGGUCACCUCGCGGAUGGUGAGCCGUCGCGACGACUCCGGCGGAGGCGCCGCCGUCGACGUCACGUACCGGCAAAGCGCCGGCGAGCGCUCCGUCGUGGCCGUCCUGCAGAAGCUUUACGUGUGCGCCAGCGUGGAGUUCCUGACGGCCGUGGCCGACUUCUUCCUGCGGGCUCUGCCGCCGCGGCCCCUCCCCAAAAGCGACAGGCCGAGGCACGCGGCGGAACAGAGGAAGCGUCCCGAGGCCGCGCCCCCGUUCAGGACCGCCGUGCGCGCGGUGGUGGUGGACCCCGAGGUGGUGUUCGUGGCCAGCCUGAUGGACGCCGCCGCUCCGUCCUUGGUGCUGUCCUUCCAGUGCGACGUGAGCGGCGAAACGGAGGGGGACGGGAGCCGGACCCUGAAGGCCCAGCUGAUGGCCCUCCACGUCCUGGCCUGCCCCUUCAUCCGCCAGCGGGAGGACAAGGCCGUCACUACCGUUCUGAGACCCUGCUCCGUUGCCGCCGAAAUCAAAAGCGGUCCCGGGCGAGCGCCGGUCGGAUCCGUUGCCGUGGAGGAGGUCCUCGUCAAGAUUUCUCCGUUCAUCCUCAACACGAUCGGCACCAUCACGGCGGCCAUGACGGCCGGCCGGCGGAGCGACGACGAGAGCGAGGACCGGCCGGGCGAGGACCUCAAAGACCUCUGGGCCACCGAGAACAUCUACGACUGCGACUACUGGUUCCUGGGCGUGGAGCGGGCCAGCGAGGUCACAGAGAACUUCCGGGACCGAGAGGAUCUCGACGUAGGCCAGCGUUUCGAUGUCCAAGUCAAAGUCAUCCAAGUGACCCUGGAGUCGGGUCCGGGUCACCGUACGGUCCCGCUGCUGCUGGCCGAGUCCUCCUUCGGCGGGUCGGCCGAAAACUGGUCCUCCCUCCUGCGGCUCAAAGCCAACCUGACAUUGGAGGUCAACUACUUUAACGAGGUCCACGCUGUGUGGGAGCCGCUGAUUGAACGCGUGGACGGCGGAGCGCGUCGCUGGAACCUGGACUUGGAGGUGAAAACCAAUCCGGUGGCGGACAAGAGUCCGGCCCACGGGGACGAAUUUGUCAUCCUGCCGGAACCGCGCACGGCCAUCCGCGUCUACUCCGACGACACCCUCAACGUCACCUUGUCGCGUUGCGCCCUCGACGUCUUGGGCAACCUGGCCCGGGCCUUCUCGGAGGGCGCCGCGUCCACCUUCGACCCGUCGGCCAAGGAGAAAGCGCCGGUCGCCGUCUUCAACGCUCUGGGCGUCCCGUUACUGGUGCGGCACAGCGCCAACUUGAGGCCGGUGGGCGCCGCGCAGCAGGGGAAACUGCAGGAGCUGCCGCCCCUGAGCUGCAUGGAACUGGAACAUUCCGUCUUCGAGGCCUCGUCUCGAGGGAAACUGUCGGCUCUGCAGCGCCAGGAGAGCUGCUUCUUUCACCUCACCAUCGUGCCGUCGGGGUACAGCGAGAUGGCCGACGUCCCCGUGGACAAGCCGGGGCGUCGCCUGUACAACAUCCGCGGCCCCAACCUGCAGGAGUCGCUGUCGGUGGUGGUGCAGAUCGACGCCGCCGACGGCAACAAGCUGGUCACCGUCCGCUCCCCCCUGCAGAUCCAGAACCACUUCUCUGUGCCGUUCACCGUCCUCAAAUUCUGCCCGUCCAGCCGUGACCUGCGACCGGUCGGAGUGGCGUGUCCCGAGAAGGAAUUCCACAUUCCCUUGGAUGCCUACAGGUGUCAGCUGUACCUUCGGCCGGCGUCGGCGGCCCUGUCCUCCCGCUACGCUCCGUCCUCCACGUGCCUGUCGUGGAAGGAGGAAGUGCACCGCAGCUCGGAGGUGCUCUCGCUGCUGUCCUGCCCGCCCCUGGACGGCGUCCUCCCCCUGACGAUCAGCGUCCUGGCCGCGCCCGACGACCUCAAGCACAUCGCCGGCGGCGAGGACGACUGGGACCCGGCGUACGUCCUGCACCUGCGGCCCGUGGCCGCGCUCAGGAACCUGCUCCCUUACACGCUCCGUUACACAAUGGAGAAUUGCGCCGAUUCUUACGAGCUGGCGGAGGGCGCCGCCGCGGAUCUUCUCAAUGCUCGCGCGAGCGGCGAGACGCUGUCCCUGGAGCUGCUCGGCUACCAGGGCCGCGACUGGUGCGGCCACCUGCGCCUGGACCGGGCCGCCGCCGGCGACUUCCCUGCCGUGUGCCUGACCUGCGACUCGGAUCGCGCCCUGACCCUGGAGCUGAGCGUCCACGCCGCGGCGGCGCCGGGUCGCCUCCUGCUCUCGCUCUUCAGCCCCUUCUGGAUCAUCAACAAGACGCGGCGGGUCCUGCGAUACCGGGCCGACGACGUCCAAGUCAAACAUCCUUCCGACUACAGGGACAUCGUCCUCUUCUCCUUCCGCAGGAAAAACAUUCUCAGCAAGAACAAGAUCCAGAUGUGCGUGUCCAACAGCUCCUGGUCGGACGGCUUCUCCCUGGACGCGGUGGGAAGUUACGGCUGCGUGCGUUGUCCCGGCAACAACACCACCGACUUCCUGGUGGGCGUGAGCAUCCGGAUGAGCGGCUUCAACCUCACCAAGAUGGUCACCGUCACUCCCUUCUACACGCUGGUUAACAAGUCGUCCUACGAGCUGGAGGUCGGGGAAUUAGUUGGUGCCGCCACCAGGUGGCACUACAUCUCCUCCACGGAGUGUCUUCCUCUGUGGCCCGAGAGCAAUUCCGGGAAGCUGCGCGUUCGCGCCGUGGGCGCCGAGCGGGGGUCCGAGUGGUUCGUCUUUGACCGGCAGGACAACGGCACCCUGCUGCGCCUGGACACGUGCGGGGGCAUCACGGUGGACGUCAACGUCUCGGACCACUCGGCCGUCGUCGGCUUCGGCGACUAUUACGAGGGAGCGGCCCCCGCCCUAUUGGUCAACCACACGGCCCGGGCGGAGAUCGUCUACCGGCAGAGCGGGUGUUCCGCCGACCACCGGCUGGAGCCCGGCCAGGCUCGACGCUUCGCCUGGGACGACCCCGCCGGAGUUCGAACGCUCAGCUGGAGCUGCGGGGAACGUUCCGGAGAGACCCGUCUCCUCAAGGACGAGUGGGGUCAGUUCUGGCGUGACGGGGGGCUUUCCCAGGUCUACUGGGUGUCCUUCCUGGACGGGCGUCAGCGCGUCCUGAUCUUUACGGAAGACGCGGGCGUGGUGACCAAAGCUCGGCAGGCCGAGGAACUGGAGCAGUUCCGGGAGGAGCUUCGGCUCUCGCUCCGGAACCUCGGGCUCUCCCUGGUGGACCACGUCGGCCGGAGGGAAGUGGCUUACGUCGGCGUCGCCAGUUCGGGCGUGGUGUGGGAGAUGAAGCGCAAAAACCGUUGGAAGGCGUUGAGUCAAAAGCACAUCAACCUGCUGGAGGAGGCCUACCAGAGCGUCAGGAGCGGCCGUUCGCCCGGCGGACGGACAAAAGUGGACGACGACCUGGAGGUGGACCUCGGCGGCGCUGCCGGUGGCGGCGCCGUGACCAUGCGCCGGCCCUUCGCUUGCCCCCUCAGGAGGAACUUCCUGUCGGGCGUCCAGGUGGAGUUGAAACGAUCUCUCCACCAACGGAGUCUUCGGGCGCAACUGCACUGGCUGCAGGUGGACAACCAGCUUCCGGGCGCCGUCUUCCCCAUCGCCUUCCACCCGGUUCCACCUCCCAAGUCGGUGGCUAUGGACGCUGAGCCCAAAGCCUUUCUGGACAUGUCGGUCAUCACGCGCUCCAACCAACACAGCAACGUCACGCAAUUCAAGUACUUCAUGGUUCUGGUCCAGGAAAUGGCCGUGAAGAUGGACCGAGGCUUCCUGUCGGCCAUCUUGGCUCUCUUGGCGCCCGCCGACCCUCCGCCGGCCGGGGGACAAAAGAGUGAGCUGCUCCAAAAAGACAUGGAGAUCCUGCAGGCCGAACUGAUGCAAAGUUCUCUGGACGACUCGUCCGGACUCAACUUUUUUGAACACUUCCACAUCUCUCCUGUCAAGCUCCACCUGAGUCUGUCGCUGGGCCCGGGUUCGGCGGACGACGCCGGCGCCGAGUCGCUCAACCUGCUCCUGAAGAGCAUCGGCGCCACGCUGACCGACGUGGACGACCUGGUCUUCAAGCUGGCUUACUUUGAGGUGGAGUACCAGUUUUAUCGCAGGGAGAAGCUGGCGCAGGCGGCGACGCGGCACUACAGCGAGCAGUUCUUGAAGCAGAUGUACGUCUUGGUCCUGGGUCUGGACGUGCUGGGGAACCCCUUCGGGUUGAUCCGGGGGCUGUCCCAGGGGGUGGAGGCCUUCUUCUACGAGCCCUUCCAGGGGGCGGUCCGAGGCCCCGAGGAGUUUGCCGAGGGCGUCGUCAUCGGCGUGCGCAGCCUUCUGGGUCACACCGUCGGGGGCGCCGCCGGCGUGGUGUCCAGGAUCACGGGCUCGGUGGGCAAAGGCCUGGCGGCCAUCACCAUGGACAAAGAGUACCAGCAGCAACGGAGAGAGGAAAUGAACCGAGCCCCCAAAGACUUCGGACAGAGUUUGGCCAAAGGCGGCAAAGGACUUCUCAAGGGUGUCGUCAGCGGAGUGACCGGCAUCGUCACCAAACCGGUGGAGGGGGCCAGGAAGGAAGGCACGGCCGGUUUCUUCAAAGGCAUCGGCAAAGGUCUGGUGGGCGUGGUGGCCCGCCCCACGGGCGGCAUCGUGGACAUGGCCAGCAGCACGUUCCAAGGCAUCCAGAGGGCGGCCGAGUCGACUGAGGACGUGGUUAAACUCCGCCCGGUUCGGCUGAUCCGAGAGGACGGAAUCAUCCGAGCCUACGACCUGGCCGAGUCGCGAGGCUUUGACCUUUUUCAGCGUUCGGAGCUGAAGCGCUUGGAUGGCGAAGUAUUCCGAGAUCAGUGUCCUUAUCCCGGGCGAAGAAAGAGCAACGUCAUGGUCACCAACAGGAGGGUGGUGUGCAUCAAGGAGUUGGAUUUUGUGGGCCACUUCACCAAAGAGUGGGAGUGUUUGUACGAAAACUUCUACGCGCCUCCCGACGUCGCCGGCACGCGGCUCAACAUCUACUGCGAGGAGCCCCACAAGUUGAAACUUGGCAAAAAAGAAGAGAGGAGUCGCUGCAUCGAGCUGAGAGAUGAAAAGACGGCCCUGAGGAUGCUGUCGUCCAUCACGACCGCUCGGGCGGCUCACCUGCAGCGUCGCAUGAGCCGACAAAAGUCGCGGCGCUUCCUCAAAGCGGCCGGCCAGCCCUGA